ACUGAGAAGAACGAAGAACGAGCGGGAAAUACAAGGCAAAACGGGAGAAAUAUCUCAGAAUCGGAAAAAUUUACGUGAAAGAAAAGUGAAAAUGUGUGCGCGGUUUUCCUAGAUGUUGUUGUCUGUGUAAAAAGAAGAAUCAAAUCAAAAAGCAAAAGCCAAUUCCGAAAACAUUUUGGUCCCAACAUUGUGAAAGAAUGUCCGCCAAAGCCUCGCCUUCCAACUCCCGCGAUGCAACUGCAAGUGUCGGGCCCUCGGCUGCAGUCAGCGUUGGCACUCCAAGCGUCGUCGGCGUUCAAAUCAAAAAGGAAUUGCCCAGCGAUGAGAUAAAGGAAUUUGCCGAGCACACAAUGAACGAGCUGUUGGGCUGGUAUGGUUUCGAAGGCGUUGAUCGCUUGGACCUGUCAGCUAAGACGUCGCGUCUUUUGCAGAGUGCGGCGGCAGCAGCGGUGGCCAACCAGCAGCAGCAUCAACAACAACAGCAGCUAUUGCUGGAACGAAAGCGGACAGUUUUGGCCCGGAGCAGUCGCAACUCUCUUUAUCACAAUAACAACAACAAUAUAAACAGUAACAACAACAACAACAACAAUAGCGCUCGAAAGCCCAUCAAUUUAAAUUGCAAUAGUACGACGCCCUCGGAUCAUGACACCCGCAGCUCCCGCGAGGAUGACUCCAAGAGUCCGCAUUCGAUUGGCAAGGCUACGGCGAUGACAGUGAUGACUGGCGUGGGGGCGACGUCGACAACGACGGCGACGACGACGACGAUGAACACGGAGGAGAAAAUAGACUACAAUAACUGCUGCUGGUGCCAUCGCCCCAUAGCGGAAAAUGCGCCCGAUUACUUGACAAGUAGCGAUGGACCGCGUUAUUGCUCGGAAAGCUGCUUUACCCAGAGUCGACGCGCCUCCUUCAAGAAGGCUAAGACCUGUGAUUGGUGCAAACACGUCCGUCAUGCUGUCAGCUACGUGGACUUUCAGGACGGUGCCUCACAACUGCAGUUUUGCUCGGAGAAGUGCCUCAAUCAGUACAAGAUGCAGAUCUUUUGCAAUGAGACACAAGCCCAUCUCGACAUGAACCCACAUUUGCGUGAUCAAGCUGCCAGCGGAGAUAGCACAUCUCUCAUAACGCCCGACCUAUGGAUGCGGAAUUGCCGCAGUCGUUCCGCUUCGCCGGCUUCAACCAUAUCCGUGUCACCAGGCCCACUUCUCAGUGGCAGCAUUAACAAUUGCCACAGCAACAUUGCACUAAAACGCAGCUCGCCCAGCGAUACGCCGCCCAAUCACAGCAAACCCCUGAUCUCAGUGGCGCCCGUGUCCAAGCUGCUGGCACAGAAGAGUCCCAGUCACAAUCACAGCUUGGUGGCACCAGGCAUAGCUGCCUCUACGGGGCCACAAGUAACUCGUCAUCAUCACACCGGUUCCAAGCCAGGUCGUCGCAAACGUCCCCAUCGCGGACCCACAGGUUCCGAAACAGUUGCCAGUUUACUGCAAAAGCAGCAACAGCACCACCUGCAGCAGCAGCAGCCACAGCAACCAGCAGCGCCUCAUGGGCGCCUCAGUGCCAGCCCGCUGCAGCAGUCACUUGCAUCCGCCGGUCCCCACUCUACGAUUAGUCACUUUGCCGGUUCCAGCGUCCAGGAUCUGCACAUGAGUGUUCCCCCUCUAUCCCCAAUGAUAGAUCAGCAGCAGCAACAGCCGGGUGUUCCAUCUCCCGUACAGUCCUUGAUUCGCCCGUCUACCAAUGGUAAUGCAUCUGUCACCACCAGUAUACCAUCCAGCUACUUUGCUACUCCGCCCAACGGACUCUUGCACCCCGGCGCUUUUUGCGCCCGUCCACCACUUCCCCAUGGUUUCCUUCCGCCACCACCCAGCAUGUUGCCCCGGGGGUUCGGCCCACCAUUUGGUCCACCACCUCCUCCACCACAGAUGCCACAACCUUUGCCACCGCAGCUGCACGAGAUGCAGAGCGCUUUUGGUGCUCUAUUGGGUACUGCUCCACCCGUUACCGUCAUGGUGCCAUAUCCCAUCGUUAUACCGUUGCCCAUACCCAUACCAGUACCGUUGCCCGUUGUGGACUUCUACAGGGCACACUUGAAGCCCGAAGAGCGCAAACUGUUCGAUCAGGAGCGGUCAAGGACCAGCCCAUCUGCAACAAGAACAAGCACAGUGGAUGCACCAUCAGAGGAGCAGCCCCUGGACUGUACUAAGGCCAAAGUGGAGGAUGAGAAACAAGAACAGGAGGAACCAGAGGAGAAACUCACACCAAAGACCCCGCCACCCCCAUCGUCGUCGUCAUGCUCUUCGCCAACGACAACUGAUUCUCAGGGUGCCCAUGACGCGCCCUCCCACUGCAUCAAUGUGGUGCCUGAGGAGACCUCACCACCACCAGCGGUAGCGACAUCGACAGCCGUAGAUGGGGCAGUAGUCGCGCAGUCGCCCGAGCAGGAAUCCCAAAAGGUGCCCAAGCUGAAAAUCACACGGCUGCAAACCAAACGCACCCUCAUUCAAACCAAAGAGUCCGCCCUGUACCCAGUAUCCGUCACUGGCACCACCGCCGACAACACCAACAAUAACAGUAGCUCUGCUGCUGCUGCUGCCGAAUGCAGCCGACCGCUGCGCAAGCGCAAACGCAUUAUCGACUGCGAUUUUCAGAAGAUGGCUCUCAAAGAGGCUGAACGUGCCGAGGGCACCGACAACAACACUGAAGAAGGUGGCAACAACCACAAGGAUGACGAAGAGUGCAAUACACACAACAACUAUGCUAAAGUUAAAAAGUAACAGUAGCGGUAAAAUAUACAUAUACAAGUAUAGUCUUUAGAAACUCUUAAAAUUAUUAGUAUUUAUGUAGUAGAUACAUAUGUAUGUAUACAUACUAGCAUAAGUAUGAUCAUGUGCAUGUAUUCAUGUAUUCAAGAGUGCUGAGAGGCAUAAAGUACUAAGUAGCAAGUGACGCACAAAGUGCUGAAGAAGAAAAGAAAAAUUGCACAAAUAAUGAGGAUAUGUAAAUGGGAGCAUAUACUCGUAUACUCGUAAUUGCAGUAUCUUGAAUAAUUAAAGAAAAAUAAAAUAUUUAUUAUAUCCCUACAGCCA